GUGCUUUGCCGGGUUGCAUACUGCCGGACAGUAGUACCUAAACAUAAACAGCAGCCAUGAAACGGAUACGCUAUGAAAUGCGUUAGGCAUUGCGAUGGUGCAAAAAAAAAUAAUUGCGAGCCUAGCUGGAAAAAAAUCAUUAACAUUGUAUCAUACGGUGUUGUUUCCAUUGUGUUGUAAUUGUUUAUUUUUAUGGCUAAAUAACUUUAAAUAGAAACACUGGUAAACCAUGUUCCAUAAUUGUUACCCUGCAACGCCUGAAAAAAAGUUAACGAGGAUAUAAUUGAAUUAAUUAUAUUUUAAGUAACUUCUCUUAUCGGGUCAAUUUUUCAUAUGUGUAUGGUCGAAUAUUCAAUUAUUGUGUAAUAUUGUUGGAAAAAUAAAGCCAUGGUGGUUGUUGACAAAUAAAAUAUAAUAAAAAUGUAUAGUUUACAUUUUUUUACUUACUGUACUAAUGUACACAAUUUACUAAUAUAAGAAAUCAGUAACAGGACUCUCGCAACUUCUGUUAGUCGUUGACGACUUUUCCAGAUAAUUCGCAAGGCUUUUAAGCUACCAUCGAUCAGGCCUUAAGCGUGAAAUCCCUAAAAAUUGGCUUCUUUUAAACUAAAACUUAAAAAGUAAUACCUAGCUGAUUAAUCGAAACCGUGCAGGCCGUUAGGUCAUUCCUCAAUAUCGAGCCAUAUGGAGACAGCGGGAACUAGCACAAGUGCUGGCACCAGCGGCGGUGCUGUAGAUCCUCACGGGUCAUCAGUUGCAGACCGUCUGACCUCCAAUACAGAGAACGACUAUGGAGAUGAGGACUACGAUGAUUAUGAAGAUAUAGAGUUCCAUAAUACACCCGAACCUGAGGGAGUUCAACAUCAUCACGACAAACCAGUUACCGCUGCCCCUGUCAUAACUAGAAGUGGUCAGGGUGGUACAACAAGGCCCUUGAUUUUACGCGUUGUCAAGGAAGUUACUGAGAGUGAAGAUGGUGAUAAACCUGUCAAGCAAGAAGUGGUCCUAAAACCCGUGAUGCCCGAAUUUGAAACAAUUCUUGAGUAUGAGUGUGCCGAGGAGCUUGAAGAAGGCCCUUCCGAGGAGGAGGCUCGUAAGGAGGCUAGUCGGAUUUCCCAGGACCUACUUAACGGUUUAGUAGUAUAUUAUGUAAGACCCGGUGGGCAAGGUAGCUCGUCCGGGCAGGAAUCUCACAUGGGACUUAAUCGAGGAGGCACGCAAGCGGGGACAGCCGGACCCGGCUUACGAAUAACCGAAUCCAGUGACUCUGAAGUCCUUCUAGGUCAAGAAGGUUUGGAAUCAACGGAUCCCAGAUCGCCCGUAGGCGCCCAACAACCUCUUCUUGAUGAUGAUGAAGACAGCUAUGACAAAAAAGCGAAAUAUGUAUGCCACCUCUGCAAACUUCACUUUUCAGCUGGAGCGGAACAUCGAUACCACAUGCGAACGUUUCACAAUGCAACAGCUGCAAGACCUUGUCCUAUUUGCUCAAAACCAUUUUACAACACAACUGACUUGCGGAAUCAUGUUAUGGCGCAUAAAGGUGUUAAACCCUAUAAAUGCCAGAUCUGUGGGCACGCAUUUACCGUUAAGUCGAAUUUAACAAAUCACCAGUUGCGUCACGGCCCGCUCGAAUACGAAUGUCAGAUAUGCGGGAAAAGGCUUGCACAACCGGCCAGCCUAAAGAAACACCUUAAAUCACACGCUGGGAAUAAACCGUUCCAGUGCGCACUAUGCGACAAGCGAUUUCUGCAACGAGGCGAUUUGACCCGCCAUCAACUAGUGCACAACGGCCAGCGGGACUUUACGUGCGAUUUGUGUGAAAAACAAUUCUCACUAAAAGCUAACCUCCAAACACAUCGUAGAAAAGUACACGGGCAAGACAGCAUGAUUCUUAUGCAGUGAAGUUCGGCUCGACUUCAGCUUGUUUCGGUCAUCAUAGCAUUUUAUUUAUGGUAGAGCUUAUAUAUAUGUAUAUAUAUAUGUAUAUAUAUAUAUAUAUAUAAAUGAGUGGACUAUACCCUUACUUUGUUUCUCAACACGCAUACAUUAAAGGGAGAUCACUAGACCCUGCCGAAGUUAUAUAGAGACAUCCAAGUUCCUUGUUUCGCGCAAUAGUGCUAAACAUAUCUUCCAUUAAAAAUAAUUGCUGCAAUUAUUUAGCUUGUAUCAGGUAGGGACGGAAAGAUAAUUAUCUUUCCGUUUAUUCCCGUUGGACUCAAGUGACCCAUAGGCAAGCAAUAGAUGUAUAUUUGAGUGGAAGCUUGGUUGGCUUAGAGUUGUUGAAUUAGGCAAUUGUGUGAGACAACUGAACACGUGCAUAAACAACUUUGUGAAUAUAACCAAUAAUGAUGUUAGUAUUACGAGUUGAAAAUAAAUACUGUAUAUAAAUAUAUAAUAAGUAAUUAAUCGUGUACUUAUCUAUGUAAUGUAUACGUUGAACAUUAAAGCAGUGCAAAUAAUUAAAACUCAGGCGCCUGUUCUUAUCCGUUUAAAUUUUAAAAGUUAACUUAUUAUACGCCACCAUUUCUAAUAAAAAAGCUGUUAGUUUGGAACGUGUAUGAUUAUAUGGAAAAGAUCAAACUGCUUAUCUCUGCGGCAUAUGCAGCAAAACUUGCACAUGGCCACCUGAGUCGACAGAUCUAAAGGGCGCAGCAGCUGCAUAAGUUAGGUCAAAAUCGAAAGUGGAAAGAAAACAGAGUUCGUUUGCUUUUGUUUGAGAUUCUCUGUUAGGCGAACGAACCAUUCAAAAUUAGUCUUAUUUUCCCGGUCCAUUGCAUCGUACACUACCCGCACCUGGUUAAUUAUAUACAACCAAUGCACCUAUCCCAUAGCUGAACUGGCUUCCCCAGAUGACGGGUUAAAGCAUAAACUUCAUUUUCUCAUGCUAAUAUCGGAUGUCUCUAUUUUAAUGCUCUUUUUUUUUGUAAAAUCAGAGGUUCAUUAUUUACUCUCCUAAUGUUCGGUAAAUAGUCGUGAUAUUGUUAUAGUAUCAAGAAUAUACUUAAACUAGGACGUUACAGACUAUGGACUUGUAAUCAAGGGGCAUAUAUAUAUAUGUAUAUGCAGGUGGCUGCAUUUGGACACAUUUUGUCACGGGACCUAUCAUGGACGACUAAUAUGAUCGUAUAAGUUCACAGAUUUAAGUUUUAUUACAUCGCUAUCAAACUUCGUGUUAUCAAAAGCCUAUAUUUAUACAAAAAAAAUAGGGAUUGGUUAUUUUGACUUGGCACAAUAGCAACAGGUGCACAAGAAGUGCAGGCAGUUUUCGUAUAGAAAUUAAUGCACAUUUCGAAGUUGUGCUGUGAACAUCGUUUUAGAUUCACUGUAAAUAUGUGUUUAUUAAUUGAUAUUUUUAAUAACAAUGAACCUUUAAAGUUUGUACGUGUAAAUAUG